AAAGGAUCCACCUAAAAUAAACAUCCGUGAUAAGUUUCAACACGAUCUUUUCUCCAGUCUAGGGUCACCUACUGAUAGUGAGAUAUCAUACAUCCGUUGAGAGGAAUAGGCCCAUAUGUUAACUGCCAAAUGAAUACCUAUGAUAUAGUUGUUGAAUGAAAAUGGAACCAGAACUUUCGUAUUUCUAUGAGGCGUAAGUUCUUAAAAAUUUCAUCAAUUUGGUUCCCACGGAACUUAAUCGUUUGUUCAAGAUAAUGAAAUCCUGAUUCUGGAAAUGUUUAUGUUGUAUAUGAUCUAAAGAAUAUUCCUGCUGUUCUCAAUGUCGCCUUUUCUGAAGAGCACUUAGAUAUGACAGCUCUGAAGGAUUAUAUGUGGGGAGAUCCUAUAGAAGAGGCUCUGGAUAAAGCACUGAAUGAAGAUGCAGCUCUUCAAAGGAUUUCUCUGGCUUACGAAGAUCUCCAAACCUUUCCUAAAAUGAUACUGGAAAAAGUUGCCGAUAACACGAAAAUUCUAGAUAUAAGCCACAACAAUAUAAAAGACUUUUCCUUCCUGAGCAAAAUGACCAAACUGAGAUCUCUCAUAUGUGAUCACAACCGUCUCUAUGCCGAUGUAGAACUGCCAUAUAUGCCCCAAUUGGACUUACUUUGGAUGAACAAUUGCGAUCUCAAAGAACUGUUGCCGUUUUGUAAAACUAUCCAGAAUUCUUUUCCCAAUCUGAAAUAUUUGUCUCUGAUGGGCAAUAAAGCUGUACCAUCUCUUCUAAGGGGAGAUAAAAUAUACGACAGUCAGCAAUACAGGAUUUUUGUAAUAUCUCUCUUUCCCCGACUGAUUCACUUGGACGAAUCCAGAGUGACACCUGAAGAAAGAGAAGAAGCCAAUAACAUCAAGUACAAAUCUUUGAUGAACAAAUAUCUUCCUUCAGCCGGCAACUAUCUGAAGAGGACCACGGAAAAACUAGAAGGAUUACUCAGCAGCUCUCCAUCAGGAUUGAAAGUCAACAACAUUGUUUAAUUUAUUAAUUACUUAAGAAUAUUAUUUAUUACCGAAUGGAUAUAAAAAAUUUUCCACUAUAAAUACCUAUACCUAC